AUGUCCACUCUCGACAGUGCUUCUUCGGGAUCAGAAGCCAAAAGAAAAGACUCCCAGAGCGGAGAAGUUCUUUUAGAUUGGUGCCGUAAAUUAAUAGAGUCGGAUGAAAAGAAGGCUUUCUUUUAUCAUGUGGUAGAAAUGAAAGUCAUGAAAAGAAAAGGACGCACCGAUUCCUUGUUUUACUUUCCACCAUGUACGCUCUCGGAGGGAACCAUGCAAAUCAUUGAGAAGAUUAACUCAUAUAUUGAAAAAUCGUUGGAUUCUGGAUUUACUCCACAAAAUGCAAAAUACAUUAGACAACUAGUGAUAUUAUUUAAAUUAUUAAUUCCUAUCAAAUAUGGAGAAUCGUUAAUCCAAUUUCCACAAUUUAAUAUGAUUUUAUACAACGAUUGUUAUCGUAUAGCUCAUGAAUUAGACAUCAUCUCUAUAAAAUACUAUUCUAAUUCCACAGAAAAUUUGCUCUCUGAUGCCGCAGCAACACUUAGAGUUUUUGCUGAGAAGGAAAGACAAGCUUUGAUCAAGAGACAAUCAACCAUCCUUCACUCAUACCUAUCAGAAUGUAAAAAGUUUAAAGAUCUAUACAGUAAUAUGAAACAAAAUAAGAAAGCAAUGGAAAAAAUUAUUAAUCAACUUGACACGUUGAAGCGAUUGUGGUGUCAAGUGGUUGAUAGCUCAAAUGGAAUAAUUUUAUCAUCUUUUGGCGAAAUUUUGGAACCUAUUUUAAAGACCAUGGCCUUCCAUAUCGUAGGCAUAGCGGAUAUUGGAGAAAAUGAAUCUCAAGAUAUUUCAACAUUAAUGUCAUUCCUGAUACAGUGGAUUUCUGAAAACCUUUCUUUUGAAAACGGCGAAAUUUCGAAAUUUAUUCCCUCAUGGAUGAUGUUCAGAGCUGUGAAAUCUGUCAUGGCAAUGUCACUAUUAGAAAUUCUGGAUGAUGUCAAUCUAUGCUCGUCCAACAGAAAAUUGGCUGGACUUCCUCCAAGCGAUCUUAUUAAGCUUGUAAAAGCAUUAUUCCAAGAGAGUGACAAGCGUAAAGAAGUCAUCAAUGUUAUAUCCCAAAAGACAAUCGAGUAG